AUGGCACCAUCUGUCUUCGUUACAAUCAAGUGUCCGACAUGGAGCUCCUUGGCAAUGUUUGGCGAGAGAAAUCCACGGUUGACGCGCUCAUGCAAAGAUUAUUUCAACCCUCCGAAGGUUUACGGAAGCGUCCACAUUGUCAACGAAGACUUAUUACGCCUCCCAGUGGGAUCACUCAAGAACGCGACGAUGAUCACACUCCUCCAGCUUCUCGUCAUCGCGGCACCAAUCUUCCAGGUGAUCACAGCCUCUGACCCCGAUCCCCUCCAGGACUUUUGCGUGGCCGACCUCACAAAGGACCUCACUCUCAAUGGCUAUCCUUGUAAGCGAGCGGCCAACACCACCACCGAGGAUUUCAUCUUCUCGGGCCUUCGAAACUCCGGAAACACCAGCGUCCCAACGGGAGCCGCCGCGGUGUUUGGCUUCGUCCAGGACUAUCCGGGGCUCAACACUCUCGGCCUCGGCAUAGCCAGGCUCGACUGGGCUCCCGGCGGUCUCAUCCCUCCACACACGCACCCGCGAGGCUCGGAGAUCAUCUACGUCGUGAAGGGGAGCUUGUACGCCGGAUUCGUCACCACCCAGAACCAGCUCUUCGCUCGGGUCAUCUCCAAAGGCGACGUGAUGAUCUUCCCGCGGGGUUUGAUCCACUGGCAGCUCAACGUUGGCAACACCACCGCCAUGGCCAUCGUGACGCUGGAUUCGCAGUCACCGGGCUUCCAGCUGAUCGCAAACUCCAUGUUUGGAUCGGACAUCCUGGACGAGGUGCUCGUCAAGACCUUCUUUAUUGACGAGAAUGCUGUCCGGCAGCUCAAGGCGACGUUCUCUUAG